AUGAGUAUUGUUGUUACUCUGGCUCUUACAGCACAAGCCGCAUAUACUAUGCAGCUGCUGCAUCAGUUCCCCAGCCACUUGCAAUGGGUUGAAAACAUGGCCCUGCGCCCAAAUGGCAACAUCUUACUCACUACUUUUGAUCAAGCCCGCAUCUAUGAGCUCGAUCCCUCCAACAACGGAAACCCACCUCGGCUGGUGGCUACCCUGCCCGACGCAGAUGUCGCCAUCGGCAUCGCGGAGACAUCACCUGAUGUCUUUGCUGUAGGGGCGGGCUAUCUAAACAGAACGAGCUGGCAUCUCGAUGGAUCCGGGCGAAUCGACACACUAGACUUUUCACGGCUCGACUGCCAUGGGCGACACAAAGUCCAGACUGUCGCGGCUCUUCGCCAGGCCAAGCUACCCAACGGCAUGGCAGCGCUGCCAAUGCACAGCCACUUGGUCUUGAGCGCCGACUCCAUCACAGGAACCAUCUACCGCACCGACACCAACACCGGCUACGUGGACGUUGCAAUCCAGGAUCCAAAGCUGGCGGCCCAUGAUAACCCGGAUCCGUUUCUGAAGCUCAUCGGCGUCAAUAGCUUGCAGACGCACGACGGAUACUUGUACGUGACGAGCACGUCUGCGCAAUUCCUCGGCCGCUACAAGAUUGAUGCAUUUGGGAAUCCGUUGAGCGAGCUGGAGAUUCUCGUGACGUAUGACGCGCCGCGAAGCCCAGACGACUUUGGGGUUGCGAGAGACGGGUCCGUGUUUGGCGCCGUCCCGCUGCAUAGCGUCUCCAAGGUCACCAUCCCCCAAAACGCUUCAGAUUUUGAGAUGGCUUUCCUUGUCGACCAUGAUGCAGAGCUGCAGAGGCCGACUGCGGCCAUUUUGAGCUUGGAUGAGACGACGCUGUAUAUAUCUACAGGAGGCAGGAAUGGGGAGGGCGGGAAAGGUGGUCAGAUAUUUGCUGUCCGCUUGACGUAG